UUUAAGUCUCUCCGACCCGAAGCUUCUCAACAACGACAACGGCGUCAAGUUCGACGGCAACCACGACAACUACAAACUACCAACGACCAACCAUUACUAACCAUCCACCAUCGCGAGUCUCCAUUUAUAUUAAUACAAAGCUGCGAAAAAAUUUUAACGUCUAUCACCACCAUUAUCAUCAUCAUCACCUAAACUGAUAUAUAUUUUAUCCCGCGACUGCAAUUGAUUCAGUAAAUCAAGAUGAGUGACAGUUAUAAUCGCGAUUAUAAUAACAGAAGGAGACGUAGCGACAGUGGAAGUGGUGGAGGAGGUGGCAGUACCAGUGGAGGUGGUGGCGGAAGCACCAGAGGAGGUGCUGGAAGCACCAGCGGGGGUGGCGGAAGCCGCCGUGGAUUUGGAGGUGGCGGAGGAGGAGGGGGAGGGGGUGGAGGUGGUGGUGGCGGAGGAUACAGAGGAUAUGGAAAUCGCAAAUAUGGAAGUGACAGUAGAGAUAGACGUAAUGGUGGUGGAUAUCAGCGUAAAGAAUGGAGUAACUCAUACCGCGAUAGUCGCGGAAGAGAUGGUUCACGUAGUAAUGGUUCUUAUUAUGGGAGUCAUGACAGACAGAGCACAACUGUCAUGCAUAUUCAGCAACAACAUGUUGGUAAGAUUAUUGGACGUGGGGGAUCUAAUAUUAAAGAUCUUCAAGCUCAGAGUAAUGCUCGUAUUAAUAUCGAUAAAUCUGGGUACAGAGACGGUAUCCCCGUAACAAUAACAGGAUCACCAGAGGCUCGGCAAAAAGCUAAACAUCUUAUUGAAGAUGUCAUUAAUGACAGAUCAUCAUCAUACGGCUCUGGACAAAAUGAUCGCGGGUCAUCUUACAGUUCACGUCGAAGUGAUCGAGGGCCUUAUUAAUAAUCCCCGUCAUUUUCAUUAUUAAAAAAAAGAUUUAAAGAUAAUUGUGUGAAAAAAAAACCACGAGGAAAUUUUUAAAAUAAAUUCCUCAUCAAUUAUUUGCGUGAAUCUUUAACAAUAAUAAUGAUAAGCUAAAAUUAUAAUUUUUAUUAUUAAUAUCAAGAAAAAAUAAGUACAGGAAAAAAAAAAAAAUAAUAAAACUCAUGAUACAAUCCAAUUGAAAUAAGUAUUUUUAAAAUAGUGGUAACGUUUUGUUAACGAUCAUUUAAACUCCGUGGAUAGAAAAGUAAUAAUUUAUGAUAACUACACGUGUGUAAUUUCCUAUUUUGUUUUUCAAAACAAUAAUACUGUAUGUCAAAUAUGUUGUAAUAAUUAUAUUUUUUUUCUCAAUUCAAUAAAUUUAGAAAUAUAUGUA